CGUCACUCUCGCCCACCUCAGCCCAGCAGCAUUCGGUCGGGUCAGCUUUCGGGAGAAAAAUAAUGUCCAACACCUAUCCCUUCUUCCCCCUUCUCCUCCUCCUCCUCGCCGGCGAAUCGCUCUCCCAGCCCACCACCGGCGACCAGGCCAGCCUCCUAGCCAUCAAGAAUGCCUGGGGAAACCCCUCGCAGCUCGCGUCCUGGGACCCGGCCGCCCACGCCGACCACUGCCGCAACUGGACCGGCGUCGCCUGCCAGGGCGCCGUCGUGACUGGGCUAACCUUGCCCAGCCUAAACCUCACAGGCAAGGUGCCAGAGUCUCUCUGCGACCUGGCGAGCCUGGCCCGGCUCGACCUCUCCAGCAACAAGCUCUCCGGCGCCUUCCCCGGCGCCGCGCUCUACGGCUGCUCCAAACUCCGCUUCCUCGACCUCUCCUACAACGCCUUCGACGGGGCGCUCCCCGACGACAUCAACCUGAUCCUCUCGCCGGCCAUGGAGCACCUCAAUUUAUCCAACAACCACUUCAGCGGCGUCCUGCCCCCGGCCGUGGCCAGGCUGCCGUUGCUCAAGUCCCUGCUCCUCGACACCAACCAGUUCACGGGAUCCUACCCCGCGCGCGAGAUAAGCGAGCUCAAGGGGCUCCAGCAGCUCACGCUCGCCCUCAACGCGUUCGAGCCGGCGCCGGCGCCCGUGGAGUUUGCCCAGCUGACCAACCUCACUUACCUCUGGAUGUCCAACAUGAACGUGACCGGGGAGAUCCCUGAGGCAUACUCCAGCCUCACGGAGCUCACGGUGCUCGGCUUGUCCACGAACAACCUCACGGGCGAGAUCCCGGCGUGGGUCUGGCGGCACCCGAAGCUCCAGCUCGUGUACCUCUUCACCAAUGGCCUCAACGGGGAGCUGCCGAGGAGCAUCGCGGCGGCGAAUUGGGUAGAGUUUGAUGUGUCCACGAACCGGCUCACGGGGCAGAUUUCGGAAGACUUCGGUAACCACAAGAACCUGACCCUGUUGUUCCUGUACAAGAAUCAGCUCACCGGCACCAUCCCGGCAAGCAUUGCGACGCUCCCCAAUCUCAAGGACAUCCGGCUGUUCGAAAACAAGCUCUCCGGCGAGCUUCCGAAGGAGCUCGGGAAGCACUCGCCGCUGGGCAACCUUGAGGUGUGCAACAACAACCUCUCUGGCCCUCUCCCGGCGUCGCUCUGCGCCAACGGGAAGCUCUACGACAUCGUCGUCUUCAACAACGACUUCUCGGGGCAGCUGCCGGCGGGCCUCGGCGACUGCGUCCUGCUGAAUAACCUCAUGAUGUACAACAACCGCUUCUCCGGCGAGUUCCCGGCCAAGAUGUGGUCGUUUCCGAUGCUGACCACGCUGAUGAUACAGAACAACGGCUUCACCGGUGCUCUGCCAGCCCAGAUAUCCGAAAACCUCACAAGAAUCGAGAUGGGGAACAACAAGUUCUCCGGCUCGUUCCCGACAUCCGCGACCGGGCUGCACGUGUUCAAGGCAGAGAACAACCUGCUCUCCGGGGAGCUGCCGGCCAACAUGAGCGGGUUUGCCAACCUUUCUGAUCUGUUAAUUGCCGGGAACAGACUGAGUGGUUCCAUACCGACAUCGGUCAGUUUGCUGCAGAAGCUCAAUUCGCUCAACAUGAGCGGCAACAGGAUCUCUGGAGCGAUUCCGCCUUCCAGCAUCGGGUUGCUUCCGUCCCUGACGCUGCUUGAUCUGUCCCACAAUGAACUCACCGGUGCCAUUCCUUCAGACUUCAGCAACCUCAACUUCAACUUGCUCAACAUGUCGUCGAACCAGCUGAUCGGCGAGGUGCCGCUCUCGCUGCAGAUCGCGGCAUAUGAGCACAGCUUCCUCGGCAACGUUGGGCUCUGCACCAAACAUGACUCCGGCAUAGGCCUCCCGGCAUGCGGCAGCAUUGCCCGUGACGAGCUCUCCAAGGGCCUGAUCAUCCUGUUCGCUAUGCUCGCGGCCAUCGUGCUCAUCGGCAGCGUGGGGAUUGCGUGGCUGCUCUUCCGGCGCCGCAAAGACAGCCAAGACGUGACCGAUUGGAAGAUGACGCAGUUCACCCAUGUGGGCUUCACCGAGUCCGACGUGCUCAAUAACAUCAGAGAAGAAAAUGUGAUCGGCAGCGGCGGGUCCGGGAAGGUGUACCGCAUACACCUCCCUGCCCGUGGCCGCGAUGAAGAGCACGGUGGCGGCGGGAUGGUGGCCGUGAAGAAGAUAUGGAAUGCAAAGAAGAUGGACGCGAAGCACGACAAGGAGUUCGAGUCAGAGGUGAAGGUGCUGGGCAACAUCCGGCACAACAACAUCGUGAAGCUGCUCUGCUGCAUCUCCAGCACGGACGCCAAGCUGCUGGUCUACGAGUACAUGGAGAACGGCAGCCUGGACCGGUGGCUACACCACCGUGAGCGUGAGGGCGCGCCGGCGCCUCUGGACUGGCCCACGAGGCUGGCCAUCGCCAUCGAUUCGGCCAAGGGGCUCAGCUACAUGCACCACGACUGCGCGCAGUCCAUCGUCCACAGGGACAUCAAGACCAGCAACAUCUUGCUUGACCCAGAGUUCCAUGCCAAGAUCGCUGACUUCGGGCUCGCCCGGAUGCUCGUCAAGUUCGGCGAGCCAGAGUCUGUGUCGGCCAUCGGUGGCACGUUCGGGUACAUGGCCCCAGAAUAUGGUCACAGGCCAAGGAUGAAUGAGAAGGUGGAUGUGUACAGCUUUGGGGUGGUUCUGCUGGAGCUGACGACCGGCAAGGUCGCCAACGACAGUGGUGCCGAUUUCUGCCUGGCGGAAUGGGCGUGGCGACGGUACCAGAAAGGCCCUCCGCUCAAUGAUGCCAUCGACGAGCAUAUCCGUGAUCCGGCCUACCUGCCGGACAUCCUGGCUGUCUUCACCCUCGGCGUGAUCUGCACGGGGGAGAACCCGUCGACGCGUCCGUCCAUGAAGGAGGUCCUGCAGCACCUCACCCGGUGCGACCGGAUGUCGAACGCCGAGGCGCAAGCGUGUCAGUUGGACUACGUCAACGGCGGUGGCACGCCGCUUCUGGAGGCGAAGAAAGGCAGCCGGCGGAGGAGCAUGUCGAGCUCCGGCAGGUGGGGUGAUGAUGACGGCGAGGAUAGCGGUAACUUUGUGGUGCACGCAGUUUAGCAAAGGCAUUAAGGCAGGCAGGAGAGCAAUUCCAGGUGUACACUAGCGCAGUUGACUGCAUAGCUAGAGGCCAGUAGUACAGUGGGUAACCCGUAGUACAGUAAAUAUGCAUCUUGAGUUCUUGACAGUAGCAAGGCGUCAAGGUGAAUUAUGUAACCCUGUAGCUGUAUCAUCAUAAGCCGAUCUCCGGGAACCCGAAAAGGCAAAGUUCUUCGGUUGCAGUUUGCCUUGAACUGA